UCUUUUCCUCCUCGUCUCACUCCGGCCUUCCCAUCAGUUUUUUUUAAAGUUUCCGUCUUUGACCCCCUUGCCUUUUGGAUUUUGCCCUCUGUUUGCUCUUUCUCUGUCUGACACUUUCUCUCCGUCUCUUCCUUUUUUCCCCUCUGUCUACUCUACGCUUUCCUGUCCAACACACACACACACACGCACACUUUCGCUGUCUUCCCUCUUUUCCCGUCUAACUCUCUCUCUUUCUCUCUCUCUCUCUCCCUCUUUCUCCUCCCUCCCUCCUGUUUUUGUCUGGCCAGGCUGCAGAGUGUAUGGGGAGUCUGGGCACUCUCACUGAUCCGUGAUUGGAGAUUUCAACGAAAUAAGGAAUUCCAUUCACCGAGCCUCCCAUUCACAGCAGAACCUGCACCUCCGCCAUCCGACUGCGUGCCUGCUCCAAAUCUCUGUAAGUACGCUCCGUUCUGACCCAGCCAGCUAGAUCACUGCCGCUCCGCUUCGUCUUAAAAUGAAUUGUGAGGCUUGUCCUGUCGUUAUAUUCUGCAACUCAGCUGAAGGACAUGAUUCAGACUGUCCCAGACUCAGUGGCUCAUAUUAAAGAAGCACUAUCAGUAGUCAGUGAAGACCAGUCCUUAUUUGAGUGUGCCUACGGAACAUCUCACCUAGCCAAAACAGAAAUGACAGCUUCUUCAUCAAGCGACUAUGGGCAGACCUCAAAGAUUAGCCCCCGUGUUCCACAGCAAGAGUGGUUGGCACAGCCACCUACCAGAGUGGCCAUCAAGAUGGAGUACAACCCAAAUCAGGUCAAUGGAUCCAGAAAUUCACCAGAACACUGCAGCAUAGCGAAAGCAGGGAAGAUGGUCAGUGGAUCCGACAGUGUUCCAAUGAGCUACAGCAGCUACAUGGAGGAGAAGCAUGUGCCACCUCCCAACAUGACGACUAACGAGCGGAGAGUGAUUGUGCCGGCAGAUCCUACACUAUGGUCCACGGAUCACGUCAGGCAGUGGCUGGAGUGGGCAGUGAAGGAAUACAGCUUGAUCGAUGUCGACGUGUCACUCUUUCAGAAUAUUGAUGGGAAGGAGCUAUGCAAAAUGACCAAAGAAGAUUUUCAGCGUCUCACCCCAAGCUACAAUGCUGACAUCCUCCUGUCACACCUUCACUACCUCAGAGAGACACCACUUCCUCAUUUGACUUCAGAUGAUGUCGAUAAAGCCUUGCAAAACUCACCACGUCUGAUGCACGCCAGAAACACAGGAGGUGCGACUUUCAUCUUUCCAAAUGCAACAGUUUAUCCUGAACCAUCUCAGAGACUCACAGUUCGACCAGAUUUGGCUUACGACGCAGCCAGACGGUCAGGGUGGGCAAGUCAUCCUGGAGUUCCGCCAAAGGGAACACCUUCAUCUUCCUCAAAUGUAACCAAAGUGGAAGACCAAUCUCGUCACCAGAUAGAUCCUUAUCAGAUUCUUGGGCCUACAAGUAGCCGCCUUGCAAACCCAGGAAGUGGGCAGAUUCAGUUGUGGCAAUUCUUGUUGGAACUUCUGUCUGACAGCUCCAAUGCUAACUGCAUUACCUGGGAAGGAACCAAUGGAGAAUUCAAAAUGACAGACCCAGAUGAAGUGGCAAGACGUUGGGGAGAGAGGAAGAGCAAGCCCAACAUGAACUAUGACAAGCUGAGCAGGGCCUUGCGUUACUACUAUGACAAGAACAUCAUGACCAAAGUCCACGGCAAGCGUUACGCUUACAAAUUUGACUUCCAUGGAAUUGCACAAGCUCUGCAACCCCACCCCCCUGAGUCUUCCAUGUACAAGUACCCAACAGAUAUCUCAUAUAUGAGUACCUAUCAUGCACACCAGCAAAAGGUGAAUUUUGUGGCUCCUCACCCUCCUGCUCUACCUGUGACAUCCUCUAGUUUCUUUGCAGCUCCGAGUCCAUACUGGAAUUCUCCAACCGGAGGUAUCUAUCCAAAUGCCAGACAUCCAUCCACCCACAUGCCAUCUCACCUUGGAACGUACUAUUGAACAAUGCUCACUUUUUUUUCAAUUAUGACUUGGGUUGCUGCUCUGGGAAUGGAGCAUUGGGUUAAUAACUAUGAAUUUAAAUUGGAGGAAAAAAAAACACAAAGUAUAGACUCUAACCAUACAGGAAUACCAAAGAUGUGAUAAGUCUCGAAUACUGGAAGAGGUAAAAAAUAUGUGUUGAAAUAUUAGAAAUAAGCUUGACACCUGUCUGUUGAUGACAUUAUAACUGGCUAACUGACUGGAGGUGAAUUAUUAAAAGAGGAGUACUUUAUGGAGAGUGUAUGAACUGAAAGAAGAAGAUCUAAGGAUCGACUGAUCCCUGCUGACAAUCUGGAACAAAAACACAAAUUGUUGGAAAGACAAUGUGUGUUGCAUAUGAAAUAAGAUUGUGGAAUUUAGGAAACAACCAUCAACACAUGGCAAGAGGAAACAAAGCAUGUCAGAAAUUAUGUAAUAGUAGAACCUGCAAAUCAGAGACUUGAAGUGUAACAUCUUGGAUCUUCUUCAGCAGUUAAACUCUUGCUCUCUGAACUGAAAUAUUUAUACCUUCUGGAAUUUAUUUGUUAACAGGAUUUAUCAUCGAAAUAUAUUAAAAACAAAAUUGUGGGAGACUGUUGGACAAGACUGUAUGAUUUGGUACAAUGAUUUCUUACUUUGCAUGGCUUGAGCCAAGCAUUUGGAUUUGAGUAUGUGCAGAAGGCUACGUGUUGGAAUAGAAAUUAGGCAAUGGCAUUGGAAAAAGGAGAACUGAAGAGAUAGGCGUAAAGGAGUAAGCUGGUGUCUGUGUGAUUUUUAAAUGGACAUGCAAAAACAAGACUAUAUCAAUUGGAUAUAAAAAAGGAUUCUCCGAAGAAGAGUCAAAAAUGACAGACCUGUCUCCAUAAUCAUUAAUAUGAAGGAAAGAAAGAAAACAAAACAGGAAUCUGGAGCCAAAAUACUUCAUCAUCGAGUGAAAAAAAACAUCUCUUAAGAAUUGGAAAACUGGGAUUGUCUGGAAUUAUUACAUUUUGAAAAAAAAACGGGGAUCUUGUGAAUGUGCUUGAUGUAAAACUGAUUGGGACCUGAAACUUGGGAGGUUACUACCAUUUUUCUUUAUCCUGCACAUUUGGGCCAGGACUAGCCCACUAUCAAACCUGAGGAGAUCUCAAAUGCAUUUUUUUAAACCGAGGCGGUCGCCAGAUGUGAAGAGUCGCGAACGCUGUGCGUUUGUAAGAAAUAAGUAUUCAAAUCAAGGUUAUUUUGCAUUUUAUAUUGUGAACUUAUUAUGUAACUUAUGCAUUUAUAUAUUCCUUUGUUUCUGACACUACGAGUUGACCUCGGCCAACCAUGGACCCAAAACAAAAAAAAACAAAAACAGAAAAAAGGUGAAAAAGAGAAAAAAAAGAUAUGCAAUGAAACAUUAUGGCCUUGAUUUAUAACUCUUUUUAACGAAAUAUGCUUUAUGUUUACAUAUGAAACUCUUAGCACAUAGGAUGCAAAUUAUAUAUGUAUUAAAAUAAGCCUGGCUUUCAUUCAGA